AUGUCCCGCGAUGUGGAGGCCGGCUGUAUUGGACUAAACACCCAAGAAUUUAAGCGUGGCACGGCUGCUAAGCCAUCAGCCUUUCUCCUACCACCUGAGCAGCAGGUACGCAUCAUCCUUAUUACCACUUCUGCGCAAGUAUGCUCCUUCCCUGGCCGACAAAUAGGCCAGGAAGACAAGCUUCGAGUUUACGCCGAGUUCUUCAUCGUGCUCUGCAGUUUUCCUGGCAGGCCCUCCAAUUAA